AUGGCACUCUCCACCACCGUCUCCCAGUGGAUCAAGCACAAGGCACCCUGUGCCUUCCUCAGGCGCACCUUCAAGCAGAAGAAGCCGCACCUUCUUUUGGAGACCAGCUACGACCUCCUGAUUCAUUUUAACUGCUUACUCUUUGUACAUCGAUUGGCAGAAGAGUCCAGGACAAAUGCCUGUAAAAGUAAAUCUAAAGUUAUCAAAAAGGAUCAUGUACUGGCUGCAGCAAAGCUAAUUCUGAAGAAGAGCAGAGGUUAG